AUGUCAACCCCAAAAACCUUCACUAUUGGGACUCGCAACGAUGAUUUUGAUCCAAACGAAAGUAGAAUGUUUCUAAACGCGCUACAAGUUUCUAACAUCAUUAAUUAUCUUGGACGGACCAAAGGUCCUAAUCAGAGCCUAAGAUUGAAGGGAGCCUUAGAAAAUAAAACCGUUGAUUUAGUAGUUCAUAGUUUAAAAGACUUGCCUACUACUUUAUCUAAAGGAAUGACAAUUGGCGCGAUAUUAAAAAGAGAGGACCCGAAUGAUGCUGUGAUUAUUAAAGAAGGCCUAACUACCAAAUCCUUAGAGGAAUUACCAAAAGGCAGCAUUGUUGGAACUAGUAGUGUUAGAAGAAUUUCUCAAUUGAAAAAUUCGUUUCCUGAUCUGAUUUUCCAGAAUAUUAGAGGUAAUCUGGAUACGCGGCUUGCAAAAUUAGAUAAUCCGGAUGGGCAGUAUUCUGCUAUAAUAUUAGCUGUCGCAGGUCUUGUACGAUUAGGUGCAUUGGCUAUUGAGUGUCGAGAUGAUGAUAAAGAUAUCAUUGAGUUGCUUUCGGUACUGGAAGAUACGGACACAAAAUUGCGAUGCACGGCCGAGCGGUCGUUAUUGAUGGCUUUAGAAGGUGGAUGUGGCGUUCCAAUUGGUGUUAACACGAGUUUUGUCGAGGAAAACGAAGGUAAACGUAUGCUAAGGUUGGAAAGUUUAGUUGCUCAACUAGACGGUUCGAAAAUUAUUCGUGCUGAAGUAACUAAAUAUAUUGAUGGAAUCGACACGGCUAAUGAGUUAGGCAAGGUCUCAAAAAUUCUGAUUGAACGAGGGGCAAGGAAUAUAAUCGAAGAAUUAAAACAUUGA